CCCUCCCACCCACCGUCAGCAUGGCGGACAAGGCGACAAUCUACUACUUCGACGGACGGGGCAAAAUGGAGUCCAUCCGCUGGCUGCUCGCGGUCUGCGGAGUCGAGUUCGACGAAGUUCUUCUGAAGAGCCGGGCACAGUACCUGCAGAUGGUCAAAGAUGGGCUCAUGAUGUUUGAACAAGUGCCGCUGGUCGAGGUGGAUGGCAUGCGACUGGUCCAGUCCAGAGCCAUCCUCAACUACAUCGCUGGCAAAUACGACAUGAAUGGCAGCAACCUGAAGGAAAGGGCCACGAUCGACAUGUAUGUGGAAGGAAUCCGCGACCUCACGGACAUCAUCAUCCGCCAGCCGUUCCUGCCCGACGCAGAGAGAGAUGCCAACCUCGACCUCAUUAACCGGCGGGCAACCAAGCGAUACUUCCCAGUGUUUGAAAAGGCUUUGGCCCAGGGUGGCAAGGACUUUCUCGUUGGAUCCAAGAUGAGCCUGGCAGACGUGCAGCUGUUUGAAGCCAUCCUGAUGGUGGAGGAGAAGGUGCCCUCUGUUCUCGACCCGUUCCCUCAACUGCAGGCUUUUAAGAAGCACCUGGAACUUGUGCCAACCAUCAAGAAGUUCCUGCAGCCUGGCAGCAAAAGGAAGCCCCCGCCUGAUGAGCACUACGUGAAAAACGUGAAGGAGAUUCUCGACUUUUAAAGAAUUCUGUCAGAACUUCAAUAAAGCUUCUUCCACUUCUG